AUGUUCUACCCCCCGAUAUUGGGACUCCCGACUUGGUUAUGGAAGGCGUCGACGCACCAUCCGCUGGCCCCUGUUGAGGCAAGGAAUUAUGGAUGCUGGUGCACUUGCUGCACUUCAAAAUGCGGCUUCAUUAUUAUGAUAAUACUGUGGAGCAUCUACACCGUCUUUAUGCUCACCGCCCUAACAUUUGCGGUCCUCGCCAUCCACCCUGCCGAUUAUGCAAAUAUCGUGACGAGGCUUGAG